GGUAUUGCGUCCGUACGGGAGUGUCCAAGAAAGUCGGGCGCACGGGCGAACGAGAAUGAUAAGCGAAUUGCUUUGCUAGUGGAUAAUGUAGGUCGGAUAUUGCGUUUGUUUUGGUUUAUUGUUGGCUAUAUGUUGUGAGUUGAUGUUAAUUGUCUGGUUUGCGCCCGGUGAUCCGUGAGAUUUAAGAGAUACUGUGACAGGAACAUACUGUAAACAUUUGAUCUGUGGUUAAGUGCUUUUCCUAUUUGUUGAACGUCGCGAUGGCUGAAGCUGCAGCAGCUGCUAGCACCAAUCCUAAUGCUGAGAUUGUACGAGGUCAGGUCUUUGAAGUUGGCCCUAGGUACAAGAGCCUCCAAUACAUUGGCGAGGGAGCCUAUGGCAUGGUUGUGUCCGCCUACGACACCCAGAAAUUAUCCAAAGUUGCCAUUAAGAAAAUAUCGCCCUUCGAACAUCAGACAUACUGCCAGAGAACGCUAAGGGAAAUAAAAAUUCUCACUCGAUUUAAACAUGAGAAUAUUAUUGAUAUAAGAGACAUUUUAAGAGCAGAAACUAUCGACCAAAUGAAGGAUGUCUACAUCGUUCAAUGUUUAAUGGAGACGGAUCUUUAUAAAUUAUUAAAAACACAGAAAUUAAGUAAUGAUCACAUCUGCUACUUCCUGUAUCAAAUCCUUCGAGGCCUCAAGUAUAUCCACUCGGCGAACGUGCUGCACCGAGACCUGAAACCUAGCAACCUUUUGCUGAACACCACUUGUGAUUUAAAGAUUUGUGACUUCGGUCUCGCAAGAGUGGCGGAUCCCGAUCACGACCACACGGGAUUCCUCACGGAGUACGUCGCAACGCGCUGGUACCGCGCGCCGGAGAUCAUGCUUAACUCCAAGGGCUACACUAAAUCAAUAGACAUCUGGUCUGUGGGCUGCAUCCUCGCGGAGAUGCUGUCGAACCGACCCAUUUUUCCGGGCAAGCACUACCUCGACCAGCUGAAUCAUAUCCUUGGAGUAUUGGGCUCACCCAGCCAGGAGGAUUUGGACUGUAUCAUCAAUGAAAAGGCUCGUAGUUACCUGGAGUCGCUGCCUUACAAACCACGUGUACCGUGGACUGAACUGUUCCCCGGAGCAGAUCCUCGUGCCCUGGACCUGCUGCACCGUAUGCUCACCUUCAAUCCGCAUAGACGCAUCACCGUUGAGGAGGCACUCGCACAUCCUUAUCUGGAGCAGUACUACGACCCUAAUGAUGAGCCCGUCGCGGAGGAGCCGUUCCGAUUCACAAUGGAGCUAGACAAUUUGCCGAAGGAGACACUCAAGAAAUACAUAUUCGAAGAGACCCUGCUGUUCAAGCAACUGAACGAAAACGCGUAGAUCUCCGGACCUACCCUCGAACAGCGUCACAGCGAAAUAUCGCCGAAGCAUGCAAGCUCAAUUCAAGAUUUUAAAACUUCAAAUAUAAUAGUUUUUCAAUAGAUAAGGUUAACAUUUUUCGAUCAAUACUUUUGCCGUAAUAAAUAGUCAUCUUGAAUCCUUUGACUUGUAAAUGUGUUGACGAAAUUGUGACAAAUCUCUGCAUUUCGAUCGUUGAUAUAUUUCUUAUCUCAUUGCGAUUAGCGGAAUUUUAUGACAAGCCGUUGAAGUUUGAGUAAUUUCUUUGUAAUUCGUAAACAGUCUUAGAUAAAUAGGAGUUUGCAUGCGUUUAUUAUAAUUGUGUGAAUGUUAAAGCAGCGACCCCCCAUAACGGUUGACCGGAGCGAUGGUGACCUCUUAUUGUAUUAAUAUCAUUGAGUAUUGUGGUAUGCGUUCAAUACGCAGACUUUCGGUAUUACGUUUAAUUUCAUAUCAUUAUUUUCGGGAAUUCUCUUCUCGUUAUUCAUUUAGAAUAUUCGAUUAAUAACCGUAGAUCAUACACCCCCCCUCCUUAGUUGACUAUCUUUCAAGUAUGUGAUAGUAAUCAACGUUUUACAACGACACGGUCUAGAUUAAUACGAUUUUACUUUGACUAUCUCUUAAGUUAAUCAAAAUCAAAUAUAUUUAAUAAAAACUUGAUUUGAUUUCGAAUUUUAAAUCUUAUAUACUUAAUAAUUAAUAGUUAAAAGUUCGACUGGAUGAGUAGAAUUUUCAAACAGUAGAUAUAUCGAAGAAUAGGACAUUAUAGAUAGAUAGGAGUUUUCUGAAAUUUAUUGACGUUAAAAACCUAGUCGUUUAUGGAGAGUUAAAGGAUCGCGUGGACGUAUUAUACAGUAUUACAGUCGAGUAUGUUUUAGAGUGAUAACGUACGUGUAACGGUAGUGAUGUCGAAUAUAACGACGUCAGUAGUAUAAUCUGUAUGGACCACGCGAACGGAACGGUUAUUUAAAUUAAAUCGGUAACGAGUCGGGUUUAAACGGCGCAAGAUGUAAAUAUUUUUUACAUUUCGAUUUAAAGUAUUUUGAAGAGUCACUCGAAAAAUGUUUUUUGAAGCACUAAAUUCUAAUUGAUUCUCGCGUGAUCCUACGUGACGCGUUUUAUUAUUCGGUCGUGUCGCGGUGUUCGUUGAAAAAUUUGAGUUUUUUUUCAUUUUAACGAUUCUAAUAAUUCUCGUCUUCCUUGUAUUGGCACUUUCGCGCACAAUACGACUUUUAGAAUAGUUAAUUCUUCAUAUCAGAUAUUUUAAAGAGGGGUUCGUAGUUUAAAAAAAAUACCGUUACGUUUAAUUGUGCGGGUUCAGAGAGUUUUUCAACGAACAUACCGCCGUUGGCUUCGUGUUGUGAAUUCGAGGUUUAGACUAUUGUUACUCUCUGUGUAUAUCUAUGAAAUGUUAGGUACGAUCGGGCCGGAUACCGGUGUUUCGAAUUUUGACGGUCACUUAUUAAAUGUAACUCGAAGAAGUUGUCUGUUGAUAAUUAGGGCGUAUAAAUGAAUUAACGACUGUCUAAUCUAAAGCCCAAUAAUUGUUUGGAUAUUUUACUCUUUAAAUUGUCUCAUAAUGUUCGUGGGACGUCUGUUGUAUUAAAUGUCAAAAUAUAUUUAUAAUGUUGCUUGCUAUAUUAAGACUGCGAUGAUGUUUGAUAAUGCCUAAAAUUUCACUAUAUGUAUAAUUUAUUUAAACAUCUUUAAAAAAAUAUCAAUGUUCUUAAAGUAAAAAUAAUUUGUUUUUUUUUUGGAGCAAAAUUUAAAUAUAUAUAGCAGCCUUACUUUAAGUGAAAUUGCGGUCAUUUAUAAUCGGUGUUCACUGUAAACACCAAUAUCAAACAUUUAUUAAUAAUAUGUAUAUGAAUAAGAAAAGCUUGACGAUAAAACAUUAUCUUUCAUCACGAAGAGAUUCAAAUUAAACUGUUUGUACUUUUAAUGAAUCUUGUUUCUCUCAUAAGAUUUAAAUUUGCUUACGACGUAUACUUGAACGUGUUUUUAAGGAGAGAAUCCUUAAUUUUAUUAAAAGACAAUUUAUAAUUAUUGUGGCAUAAUAGUAGAUACAUAACGUCUUAUAUGUCGACUAUCUCUCAAUCACCGGCUGUUUUCGUCUAUCGCUAACCCAUUCGGUGCGCUUUUCGGCGUGUUUUGUUUCUUUCUACGUGCGCGACAAUCGUCUCAAAUCAAAGCUUGCUGUAAAAAAUUACAAGUAAGGCGCGUGUGAAUUUGAAAUUAAUAAAUUUAUGAUGUUGAAAAGUCGACCGAUGCGUACGCCGAUUGGUGUUUACGUUAAUGACGUAUACGCCCCGCACCUUUCUCAAGGAGGUGAAAUUUAGCCUUCGCAUGGAAUGGGUUAAGAGUUUCUGAAUAUGAAUUUAUAGAAACUUGAUUUAUUAAUCGAUGAUAUAUUCUACUCAGAACUUUUUUCACGUCCCAGACCCUUACCAAUGUUUAAAUAAUAUUUUAACGUCAAAGUAACACGAGCAUUACGUAUUUAUUGUUAAAAUAUGAGUGUUGCCAUAUUUUCUUAAGUCAUUAUGUACAAAUUGGAUAUUGUAAGAUCAUUUGUUAUCUGUCAACAGUUGAAUAUUACGAAAAUAAAUUAAAACCUGACAUA